AUGUUCAAGUUAGUGCUGCUGUUCCUGACCCUGUCAGGCCUCCAAGCCCUUCCGAUUGCAGCCCCUAAAAGUUUGAAAAGGCCAUCUUUCUAUCAGUUUCCCGAUGGCUUCCGACAGGGUACCCAACCCUCCAGGAAAUUCAUUGUGGAUCUUAACACUGGCCUGGUGCAAGAACACAUCAGUGAGAUGGACAGGAGGACUGGUUUCAUCCAACCCUCUCAUGGAAAUGGACCUCAAGAGAUGGACUACAAACAGCUGCUGAGAAAUGAGGUCCCUGUUGAUGUGCCAGCCCAGAAGAAUGGGGGUGGUUGGGUUCGUGUGGAGGAGGAACCCUCUGCUCCUCAUCUUCCAGAUGGUUUCAGACAGGGAACCGAACGCUCUGUGUCUAUCCCAGAUGGUUUCAGACAGGGAACCGAACGCUUCAUGUCUAUCCCAGAUGGUUUCAGACAGGGAACCGAACGCUCUGUGUCUAUCCCAGAUGGUUUCAGACAGGGAACCGAACGCUUCAUGUCUAUCCCAGAUGGUUUCAGACAGGGAACAGAACGCUCUAUGUCUAUCCCAAAUGGUUUUAGACAGGGAACUGAAAUGUCUUACUUUGUCCCAGAUGGUUUCAGACAGGGAACCAAACCGUCUAGGUCUAUCCCAGAUGGUUUCAGACAGGGAACCAAACCGUCUAGGUCUAUCCCAGAUGGUUUCAGACAGGGAACCAAACCGUCCAGGUCUAUCCCAGAUGGCUUCAGACAGGGAACCGAACGCUCUGUGUCUAUCCCAGAUGGUUUCAGACAGGGAACCGAACGCUUCAUGUCUAUCCCAGAUGGUUUCAGACAGGGAACCGAACGCUCUGUGUCUAUCCCAGAUGGUUUCAGACAGGGAACCGAACGCUUCAUGUCUAUCCCGGAUGGUUUCAGACAGGGAACCGAACGCUUUAUGUCUAUCCCAGAUGGUUUCAGACAGGGAACUGAAACGUCUUACUUUGUCCCAGAUGGUUUCAGACAGGGAACCAAACCGUCUAGGUCUUUCCCAGAUGGUUUCAGACAGGGAACCAAACACUCUAUGUCUAUCCCAGAUGGCUUCAGACAGGGAACUGAACGCUUCAUGCCUAUCCCAGAUGGCUUCAGACAGGGAACCCAACGGUCUAUGUCUAUCCCAGAUGGUUUCAGACAGGGAACCGAACGCUUCAUGUCUAUCCCAGAUGGUUUCAGACAGGGAACCGAACGCUCUAUGUCUAUCCCAGAUGGUUUCAGACAGGGAACCGAACGCUCUAUGUCUAUCCCAAAUGGCUUCAGGCAGGGAACCGAACCCUUUAUGUCUAAACAGGGAACUAAACCAUCCGCCUCCAGGCUCCAAAGACGGAACGUGAAAUGUAAGGGGGAGAUCAUCGACGGAAACUGUUAUAAGUUCAACCCCGUGCCUCUGGCCUUCCACGAAGCAAGGGCCUCAUGCAGAGCAAUCACCCCAAAUGCUGACCUUGCGUCUGUAACCAGUGGCGAUCUGCAUUCUCGCCUGGUUUCCAUAGUCACCAAUGGUGGCAACCGCAGCCCUCCAAUGACAUGGCUGGGAGGCACGGUCAAGAACCAGAAGGCAUCAUGGAUAGACGGGUCAGAAUGGAGCUACAGCGAUUGGAUGCCAGGUCACCCCAACAUUCACACUGACAAACCUGUCUGUGUGGAGAUGUUCAUGCUUGACGAGACCUGGUGGACUGCCGCCGACUGUGAGCUGAAGAGAGCAUCCAUCUGCUCGUACCCGGUCGCUGCAUGAAAACCACAAAGAGACAGUAUAAGAGAGUGGCCCUUUUGAUUUUGGUUUCUCUUGUGUGAACUGUCUGUCUGUAUCAACUUCAAUAAAACAUAGCAUGCUACAUCUGUGUGUUCUUGUCUAAAAAAACACAACUUUUUUACCUCAGCCACAGCAGUCGCUC